AUGAGCCGUAUACAGAGUGUGUCAAGUGAUGCAUUUGAAAACGACUCCGAUAUGGAUUUAGAGCCAAAUGACGAUUCUGAUUUUCAAGUCAAAUCCUCUAAAAAAAAUGAAAAAUCCAAGUUAAAACGUGCAUUACUUCUCUCGUCAAGCUCCACCUCACCGAAAACGUCAAAAAAAAAACAACAGGUCCAGUUUGUUACAGAAAAUAGGUUUGCUCCUAUCUCACCUGCUACUACAGCUUCCGAACUCACUUCAAACCACUCAGCUCCAACUCAACCAACGUCAUACAAUACUGAAACUGACGAAGUCCAACAAAUCCCAGCACCUCCACCUAUUUUUGUCAGCAACAUUGAAAAUUUUAUCAAGCUGCGCACGGACCUUAUUGAUCUGAUUGGCACUACAAAUUUCUCAUUUAAAUCAACCUCGAAAAAUCUAAAAAUUGUAACUAAAGAUUCUGUUGCAUACCGAAAGGUCAUCAGAUAUCUCAAAGAAAAACAAAUUGAACAUCACACGUAUCAGGCUCGUGAAGAUAGAGCUUUCCGAAUCGUAGUACGUAACCUCCAUCCAUCCACACCAACUUCUGAGAUCGGAAAUAGCCAUUACUGA